UUAAGAAAGUACUUUUUCGACAUACAAUUAGUUUUAUACAAGAUUACCUAGGACGCCCAAUAUAGACCUCUAAUAACAACACCAACGAUGCUCACAGGAAUAUAACUUCUCAUCGAUUCUCUGAGUCGGGCAGGGCUCAAUACGCUUAAGUUCUCAGCAAUGGCUUUGAAUCUGAGCUGGAUUUGGAAUGGAGAGCCUAGCUACCUCUACAUCGCCCUGGUCCUUUUCGCAGCCGGGGCUCUAACCUGGCUCUUCAGCUCUCCAAAGUCCGAUCCUCGAGAACCGCCAAUUCUAAGGCCCAGGAUACCUAUCAUUGGCCAUCUUCUGGGGCUAGCGAUAGACCAGGCUGAAUAUCUGCAAAAAUUAAGCGCCAGAACAACUCAUCCAAUCUUCACCCUGCGUAUCUUCUCAGGCAGAAUCUACGUUAUCAACUCUCCUACACUGGUACAAGCUGUCUACAAGGCACCAAAAUCUUUCUCCUUCGAUCCAAUCUUCGUUGAUGCCUCAAAGAGUAUCUUUGGAUUGAGCGACGAGCAUAUGGCAAUCAUCACGAAACGAGAUCCCGAUGCUGACCCUGCAGAUGGAUUCCCUCUUUCAAGAGCCACGCAAGCGGUUAUGCAUGCCACAAUGGCUACUGGUCGACCACUCCUCGAGAUGAAUGCACGUGCUCUGAACACUUUUGCACGUUUCUUGGACACUAUUGAGGGAUCAAAAUCCGUCAAGCUCUAUUCGUGGCUCUUCCACACGUUUACUGUAGCGACAGCUGAAGCAUUAUACGGUCCUAACAACCCAAUCUCCCUUAACCGAAAACUCGUCACAUCGCUGCUGGAUUUCGAAGCUGCCAUCGGACUCUUGUACCUGAACGUCCUGCCCAGCAUCACCGCUUCAAAAGGCUACCAAGCACGAACCCUCUUUGCCACAGAAUUCAAAAAGUACUACGACACCGGCCGCGACAAAGACGCAGCAGCCAUCAUCCAAGGCCGAAAACGAGUCCUCACCGGCGGCGGCUACAGCACAGACGACCUAGCCUCCUUCGACAUCGGCAUGCUCGUCGCAUCAACCAUGAACAGCAACCCGGCCCUCUUCUGGCUCCUCAUCCACAUCUACUCCACCCCCUCCCUCCUCUCCUCCAUCCGCGCCGAGAUCCAAAACAUCACUACCCUGAAAGGAGCCAACCGGACAGCCGAGAUCAACAUCAGCGCCCUCAACACCCAGUGUCCGCUGCUCGUUUCAACUUGGCAGGAAACGCUCAGGAUCACAGACGCCACGGUCAGUUCCCGCGUCGUCGUCAACGAUACGUUGCUCGAUGACACCUAUCUCCUGAAAAAGGGAGCGGUCAUCCAAAUGGCCUGCGGACCAAUGCAUACUUCCCGCUCGAUCUGGGGCGAAGACAGCACCUCCUUCAACGCAGCCCGCUUCACGAAGUUCAACGAAGAUCACCUCGAUAAAAGUACCAGGAAACUAAGGAAACAGGGCUUCGUCCCGUUUGGAGGCGGCACGGUGCUUUGUCCGGGGCGGUAUUUCGCGAGUACGGAGAUCAUGGGGGUAGUGGCGACGGUGGUGUUGGGGUAUGAUAUCGUGGGGAAGGAUGGGGGGAAAUUGGUGGUCCCGAGCGUGAAGAAGCAGAAGAUGAGUGUGCAGGUUAAGCAGCCGGAAAGCGAUGUGGAGGUUGUGAUUACGAGGAGGAGGGAGUGGGAGGGGGUGAGGUGGGGGUUUGAUGUUGGGGCUGGGGCAGAGGAGCAGGAUUUGUUUUUGGGGUGAUGAGUAUGUAGUAAGUGAGUGUUAAUGGAGUGUUAAUUUGGAGUUGAGAUACCUUAUAUUUGAGUCGAAUGUUUGUUUUCUGUUAGCGUUGGCAUUAUUAUGUAUUUGUUGAAUUUGAG